UGUGAAAAUCUUGGCCUUUUCUCUUUUCUAAACGGAGUCAAAUACUUCAUGCUGUCUGUAUAAGAUCAAGAGGAGCAAAUUGAGACCCAGAGAAUUGGUAGAAGAGAUAAAAAAAACUAAAGGAUAAGGAGAGCUAUGGAGGCUGCUAUGGAAGGAUCUGGUCAUGGAGGUGGAGUACUCGAGGAGGAGAAAAUAUAUGAAGAAGAGACAGUCGUCAAGGCGCCACUGGUGACUAAUAUGGGAAGAUCUUCAGGAGCACCUGCCUCAAUAAUAUCUUCCUCAAGCAAAAAAAAACAGGAUGAUCAGCUUCAAUCUGCUAGAGCAGAAAUGGGUGAGGUGAGAGAAGAAAAUCAAAGGCUAAAGAAGCAUUUAGAUCGAAUGGUGAAGGAUUACCAGACCCUCCAAAUGCGAUUCUAUGACAUUGUUCAACAAAAAGGGAGAAACAAGCAUCAAGAAGUUGAAGAGCCGGAUCAUCAGUUUGUUUCCCUUAGCCUUGGAAGAGUAGUUCAAAGUGACACAAAAAAGGACGAAAAGAAUAUUAUAGCUUCUAAUUCUAGCCAAUGGAAAGAUGAUGAUGAUGAUGAGAAAUCUAAAGAAGGCUUGAGUCUUGGACUGGACUGCAAAUUCGAUUUGUCUAAAUCAAAAGAAUUAAGUGAUCAAUCUUUGCGUAAUCCAAGCCCUUUUAACAGUAAUUCUGAAGAAGCCAAGGAAGACGCUGGGGAGACAUGGCCACCUGGUGGUAAUAAAGGUCUGAAGACAAUGAGAAGUACUGGAGAUGAUGAGGUUUCACAGCAGAAUCCUAUGAAGAAAGCUAGGGUUUCUGUGAGGGCUCGAUGUGAAACUCCAACAAUGAAUGAUGGAUGCCAAUGGAGGAAAUAUGGACAAAAGAUUGCAAAAGGAAACCCAUGCCCUCGAGCAUACUAUCGUUGUACUGUUGCACCCUCGUGCCCAGUAAGAAAACAGGUGCAAAGAUGUGCUGAGGACAUGUCCAUCUUGAUCACCACCUAUGAAGGAGCACAUAACCACCCGCUUCCUAUGUCGGCCACCGCCAUGGCUUCCACCACUUCCGCCGCCGCUUCCAUGCUUCUAUCUGGCUCGUCAUCAAGCUCCGGCCAACCGGGCCAUAGCCUAACAGCAGCCCCCACCACCAUCACUGCUUCUGAUCUCCAUGGCCUGAACUUUUAUCUACCAGAUAAUUAUUCAAGACCAAAGGCUCAAGUCUACCUAUCCAACCCUUCCUACUCAUCUUCAUCUACAUUCCCAACAAUCACUCUUGACCUCACAUCAACCCCACCAGCCUCUUCCUCAUCUCAGUUCAACAAAUUCUCUUCAAACUAUCCUCCAAGGUAUAAUAAUUAUUCCCCCACAAAUCUCAACUUCAGUACUACUUCUGCUGAUCAGUCCAACGCAAGUUCUUGGGGCAAUGGGCUCCUCAGCUAUGCCAAUAAUCAACCCUACGAUAGGAUCCAAACAGUGGGAAGACAGCCAAACUACGCCAUUGCUGCCGCGACAAAGGCAAUCACGGCUGACCCGAGUUUCCAAUCUGCUCUAGCAGCCGCGCUUACCACAAUCAUUGGCACCGGGAAUGGAUGCGCGUCAAGCUUCUUAAACAAAACGCAUUCAACAAAUUCGCCGCCGGGAAGUUUGAUGUUUCUGCCACCUUCAUUGCCGUCUUCUGCUCCCAAGAGUGCGUCAACAUCUCCUGGUGAUAAUAGAGACAUUAAUACCAUAGAGUUUUGACUGCUCAUUAGAAUAACGUUGUUGUUUAUAUUGUCUUGUCUUGAUUUGGAAAUUUGUGCAUGAUGAUCAUGAUGACAGCGAGAGAGGAAAGUUGACUAA